UAGAAUCCAGCAGAGCUAUGGAGAAAUCCAGACUUGUUUUCAGGGAGAACACCUCCCUUAUACCUGUGAAAAUGAGUGAUUCCAGGGAAAGAAGUUCUGUGAAAGUUGGCGAUCGAGUUUUCACUCGAUUGGGCAACGAUUUGGUGUGCUUCAAGGAGAGUGGUGGACAGUAUAUGAAAACUAAAACUUUUAAUAACGUGCUCAAGUCACCGGAUGUUGGCAAAUAUUUCCCAUGGACCGCGUAUGAGUCGGGAAACAAGCAGACCGUGUUGGUGGUGCGAGAAAAGGAAGGAAUUUCGCUUUACAAAAUUGAAGAAAGUGGUGUAACGAACAUUAAGAUUCUGAAAGGUGAUUCUUUGAUUGGCGAUUUCGAUGAGAACGAUUUAAACGAGAUGAAAUAUGUUCAAUCGAAAAGUUCUGUAGGAUCCAUGCUUGUUGUAUCAUUAGAAGAAGAAAACGUUAUGGUUGAGUGCAUUGAUAAGGAUUUACGAUCGAUUAAGAUCGUUGACUAUACGGGAACUGGGGAGGUAUUCGCUGAGUUCAACGACUCUCAGUACGACUUUUUUGCAAUUCGUAAGAAGAAGGGUUUUGUGGGACUACAACUUAAGAGUGACAAAAUAAAGGAGGAAGUGAUUGCUAAAAAGUUUAGAGAUAUGAUACCAGAAUCGCCGAAAAAAGUGUUUGUUGUACAGAUCACUGUAAGUAAAUUUUACUUAUUUGCAAGUAAUCUUGGACUAUACGUUUACAAGUCUAGUAGUGAUGUCUUAGACUUGCUAUGUUUGGACCAAAACUUCUCCACCGAGAAAGGUUGGACCGAUGCACAUUGGAACGCAGUGCAGGUCGUCAAAGACAACGGUAAAGCAUUCCUGAUCUUCACGGGACCAAACGGUAUCGCAGCUUAUGCAGUGAGCGAGAACUGUGCAUCCGAAGAACCAUUCGAGUCCUCGAUACCGCUAGACAUGAAGCAUGGGGCCGUACUGGGGGCAACCCUCAAACGCGACCAACUUACUUUGCUGGUGAACAACGGAACUGUGAUUGAUUCCGUAGUCGUUGCCAUUGAGAAGGUACCUGCUAGAGUUGUACCGAAACAGCAGGAGAUCAAACCUCCUAAUUACGCGUCUAUGGUAACACUGGAUCGUUCGAUCCAGCAGAGAGUCCUUCAACAACCAAUCACCAAGCGAUCACUCUGGCUCGGUGAAACCCUGGACACCUCUUCGAUCGCAACCGGAGUUGAUCGGACCACGGGUCGGCUGAACUUCCAGCUACCGAUCAUCGAUCUACGAGCCAAGUUUGGCGUUCCGAUACGGCACUCGUUCUACUACGAUCAACCGGACGUCGAUCCUGAAGCAGUUGGAGUGCUGGGAGUGGGGCAUUGGACCAGAUCAGUGGACUUUAUCUACGUGGAUCGUAAGGACGGGGUUUUCGAGGAGGACUUUGAGUACUUUUUGGUCAGCGAUAAGACGAAGGUCCGGUUGGAGUGGGUGAGGUCGGGGGAUCGGCGAGAGCAUUUUGCGUUCAAUGGGACUGAGGUGGUUUAUCACAAGGAUCGGGGGGAUGCUGGACAGUGGGAGAUCAAGCUGAGGGAUGUGACGUGCACGUAUGGAGAGGAUGAGCGGGCCGUGCGUUGGACGCUGGGGUGGCCCAACUGGAAUGGUAAGGGAAGCGAUAGGGAUUCAGUGGUGCGACGACCGCUGGAGUGGUAUUUGAGCAAAACUUCGAUGAAUAAGGGAGGAUCUGAGGUCCGGUAUAGCUAUGAAAGCGAUAUGGUAGUGGUGACGGGGUUGGUCAGUUACACUAAGGCAAUCGUUCUGAAGCAGAUUGAAGAUACUAGUGAAGAUGUCAAGGUUGAAUUCAAGUUUAGGAAAGGUGUUUCUGGUGUAGUUAAAAGUGAGAAUGAUGAUUUAAGUACAAAUUUUGAAGAUAGUUUCCAGCUUUCAGGAUUUAACGUAGAAACAGCUAAAUACAUUCAUAAUAUAACAAUCAAGUACAAUCAGGAUCAAACACUUAAGGAAAUAGUCGAUAAUGGUAAGGCAAUUUUAAAGCUGGAAUAUGAAAAUUUUAAGAUUACAAAUAUUGUGUUGCCAUCGGGAGAAACACAUGCUUACAAUUAUAAAGAAAUAUCUAUAAAAUCCAAACAAGUAGAGAAAAGAUUUUUAGAUGGAUCGUUUGUAUACUCAGGUCCUACUUACACGUUGGUAGCUAACAUAAAUCAUAAUAAAACCAUAAACAUUCAAGCUCUAGAUAUAAACGCUUCCGAUGAUCUUGCAAGAAAUGUUCUAGUUGAUCCCAUCAAUUUAAAGGAAAAUAUUAAAAGUUUAAACGUGCUAACGCAAUCGCAGUACUUUGUGGUGAUCGCCAGGAGUGAGAGCACAACCGCGGUUGUCCCUCACGUAAAGCACAACGAAUCUUGGAAGCAGCAUAAGGAACAAUCUUAUCACAAGUUGGUAGAUUUUGUUGCCUAUGAUGGAUAUUGGAUGUUGGUUCAUAAGGGCAAGGAUCAGAAAUUUAAACUUUCAGUUUUUGAGCUGAAUUCAAGUUUGACAGAUUUCAAGCGAGUCGAUCAAGAAUUGAAGGCUAAGGAUCAUUUGGGAAUUACUUUCAUUAGUAGAGGAAUUGUAUACUUUAGUGAUUCCGGCAUAUUUAUGCAUCGUUUUUCUGCGAAAGAAAAUAAAUUUUCGGAAAGGACACUAAAAUCUGGAGACUUUACAGCCAAAACAAUUUCUUUAGUAGAAAAGUUCAACAUCUUAUCCUAUCCAAGAGAAACGAAAGAAUCUUUGCAAAAGUACAAAGAUGAUCUAUUGGAUUCCUUGAUUCGAGGAGGAAUCGCUAUGGUCAACAAUUUUCUGACAGUCAGAGAACUUUCUUUAAACAAUGGUAAAUUUGAAACUUUUUUACACACUUUCAUACUGCAAGAUGCCUAUACGCUGGUUGAGGAUCAAUCAAAAGAACAUAAGUUGAUAGGACUAGACUUAAAUUCUUGGACACUAAAUUUAAAAGUUAAUCUCCAGGGAUAUGACAAUACAGAGCAUCACUAUGGAUUCAAAUUCAUUAAUAAUAAAAACAAAUGGGAGCUUUCGAUCGACAAGCAAGACGCGUAUGUCACAGAUAAAAAGGAAUACAAUCCUUAUGUUCUUGGAUAUUUAAAGCUUCCGAUAGAUUUCGAACAAUUUCAGUUGUUCAGAGCUGGAGAUGAAGUGGUCUACGGGACAAAGAAGAUAUCAUUCGAUGGAAGGCAAAUCCAGCUGAAAGACGUUGAUAAGUCAGAUAUAACGUUGGAAAAGAUCAACUUGAAGAUCACCAAGGCAAUUCACCUAACCAAAGAAGGUAAGAAUGCAAAUAUCAAGCUCAAAGGUCCAAAAUUUACCAAAAAUUUAGACACCACAAGAUUAGACCACGUGCUCUUCAAACUCCCCUUUUACUUAGCCUAUAAGAAGGGGGACAAGUACAAGGUACUGACACUAAGGAAUACUGGUUCAGAACUAGGUAAUGCGCUAGACAUUCAAGGAUCCGUGCUGAAACAGUCCACUGGUAGACUGUUGAUCACUCGACAAGUCGAUAACUCCAAGAACGAAACGGUAAUCAUUCCAUUGCGAGCACUGGAUCAGCAUAGUCACUUUAAAACAAGUGUGAUUGUUGCUGAACAGCAAGGACCUAGCAAAAACAAGUACGAAUUUGACACCAACUCUGCGGUUAUUCUCGGGAGCAGUGUAGCCUUCAAAGUCGUCAAGAUGUAUCCCGGUGUAGAUUACGGCUACUUUGAACAAACUACAAACUUUGUUGAUCAAACACGAUCUGUGAGGGUGUUUGAUGCCGAGAACAAAAUCGUGGCAGAAAAUUAUAAAGGUGAACAGGAGAAGCGGGAUAAAGCUCCGAGGUUGAACGAAUGUUGCGUUUUGUUCGAUAAGUUUGGAAUCAAUCCCAUUGUGGAUUUUUAUCCAUAUAAAUUAGAUUCACAACAAGUUGACUUUGUCGGAUUUGAAAAGUAUGAAAAUCUGGAAAGACAUCAUUGGAAUAUCAAUGAAUCAAAAGUAAUUCGAGGCAACUUUGCAGGUACAGGAAACAGCUAUUACAAGUUGAAGUCUUCCGAUACACUUCAAGGAUCGUAUGUUGUUCCCAACUUAAAACAACCGUUUGUAGUAAGCUCUUGGAUCAGAGUUGAUAAUGGUCUUGCUGUUGGAUCAGAGACAGAUACUCUGACCGUAAGGGUUCAUCAAAGAUCUUUCAAAGGUGUGAUCAAGGAUCAAAUCAAUGAGUGGUUCUACGUUGAGGCUCUCAUAAAUCAAGAAGCAACUCCGCAAGGAUCACAAUCUGUAAAGGUCACCUUCUCGUCAACGAACUUUGAAUUUUUGGAUAUUGAUCACGUACGGUUCUCUCCACUGGACUUCAAUUUCGAAGCUACCGUAUACGAUGAGACCAGCGCCAAACCAGUUGGAUUUCUAAGAAACAAUGGCCGAGCAGCUCAAGUUUUGUACGAUUAUCUGGGACGCAAGAUUGGAGAGAUUGAUGAAAAUGGAAACGUUGUAAAGUUGUUGACGUAUUCCAAACUGUUUGGGAUUGAUAAACUACAGGUCCAAUCAAUGGUACAAAUCUAUCCGUCAAUGGGAUUCUUGGAAGCAAUGUCUCCAUAUACUUUGCGACAAAUUUGGGAGAUUGAUAAUGGUUUGAAAUUUUCAUCAAAGCGAGUUGUAUUCAACAAUCCCAGUAAGAUAAAGCUGAAGAAGCUAUUGACGGACUGUAGCAGUGCAGGUAUUCGAUUCAUGUUUCAAAAUAAUAACCAUAAAAGUUUGAAAAUAACAUUUGGAGUAGGAGAUGCUCCCGUAGUUAUUCAAGAAAUACAAGGCGAAGCAGUUAUCUUGCGAUACUCAAAAUUCUACUCUGUUUGGAUCAAUGGAAAUUUAAUCAAAGAUCAUAAACUGCAGUGGACUGGAUCAAAACAGCUGAGCAUCGAGGGCAGCAAUGACGUUGAACUACGAGACCUAAUAGUUAUGAAAGAUUUUGAUCUUCUUGUGGAGUAUAGUGACACAAAAGGACAUCCGUUACAGCAGAUUAGCGUUGAAGACAGUAACAAUCUAUUAAUUCGUGGUUUUUCGUAUGAUUAUUUGGGUCGCGAGACUGUUGAGUCCGUAUGGACUCGUGUUGGGAUCGACUCGACGAGUAACCAGGUUCUGCACUAUCGAUCCAAUUUCAUUAUAGAUUCAAACGGAGUAGUAUCUGGAUCACUUGUUACAAGCUCUGCCUCUGAAUACCAGCAGUAUCCCUUCACUACGACCCAGUACUUGAAGUGUCCCUUGGAGAUUCGCACCAAAGUGGGAUUCCCCGGCAAAGAAAACAAUAUCAACUCAAAACGAGCGAUAUCCUACAGCAAAUCCUCUAACAGCAACUUUCUACAACUCCUUUUCCCACCCUCGAACGGCUUCCGGUACGAGGUGAAGCACCUUCCGAACGGUGCAAUCAAUACAAUCGUGAUGGACAACCGCGAUCUCAAGGUCGCGGAGUACGUUGCCGUUCCCGGAUAUGAUCACAUCCUGACGACUUACGGUUACGAUGAAGCUGGGAAUCUUGAGGAGGUUCUGCCACCAAAUUUUCAUCAGCAUGCAAGGACGUUGCAAGCAACUGAAGAUCUUCAAACAUUUCUGCGAAAACAUGAAUCGACUCGAUCCAAGUGGCGCGUUCUCAAGAAGUAUAACGCAGAUUUGCAGAUUACUAGCAAAGAAACACCUGACGCGGGCAAGUACGAGUUCUUGUACAACGAGCGGAAACAGUUGAGGUUCUUGGUGCAUUACGACAUCAAAAGCACGGUAGACAGAGUGUUCUACUACAAGUAUACGACAUCCGGUGAGGUCUUUGAGUUCGGAAUUUUAGACACGUACAGACCCACGCAAGAGUUGAGGCAGAACUCGAACAAGGACGACUACCCUAUUACAUCACAGAACUACAUCCAGUUUGACUACGGUGAGACCGAGCCGAGGUCGUAUCUUCGCGGACGCAAGCAAACUACCCUGAAGGUUGAUCCCAACGGGAAGACAACGGAGACUGUCUUCUACGGCGGCGAAGGAGAAGUGCUGGGUAGGUCGUACCUGCAUCCAACUGAGACAAACCAAACGCUGGAUGUCGUGUUCGGCUACGAGAGAGGUAACGUCAAUGAGGUUGGCUAUCCAGUUCAGUACAAAGGGACGAAGCUGGUUAUCAGCUACACGCAUAAUUUGAAGGGGCAGGUCGUUGCCAUUGGAACGCCGACCGAUCCGAUGCAUUUUGCGAAGAUUGAGCAUACGCCACGUGGUAAGGUUCAGAAGGUUGUGUAUUUACCUAGAACUGAAAAAGACAAGUUUGAGCAAGUUUACGAGUAUGAUCCAGCAGGAAACAUGAUUAAAAUCGAUAGCAGCUAUCUAACGGAAACGUUGGACUAUGCUAAGGGAAGCGGGUAUAACAGAGAUAACGAAGGUGACGGAUCCAUUCUUCGAACGACCUUCGAAGCAAAGUGGCAUGGCAAAGGUAACCAGAAACUGCUAAGAAUUACUACAGAUGAUCUGGUAGAAAGUGACUCAAGACUUUUGAAAGCUACCGAGUGUUUCAAAAAGUUGAAGGAGUUGGGAUACAUUGACGACAAUUUCAAAGCGAUCAGAACAUUACACACAGAAGACCCUAGAAGUGAAUGUUUAAAAGGUCGGUUGUUGAAAAAGAUCUCCGCACUUUUGUUGAAGAAAGGAUACCCUCGUAAGUACGGUCACGCCUACGAUUAUGGAAGUCACGGUGAAAUGACUGUUGCAAGGUAUUUCACGAACGAGGAAGAUCCCUCAACACGUAUUCAAAUAUCAACGGUUGGAUCAAUCGCCAAUCCUUCGCCCGGUGACGUCCAGUCGUUUGAUAUUGAUCCCAACGGUAAUCAUAAGAAGUUUUACACUGGAUAUCAACGAUUUGAGCUGCAGUAUCAACCAUUUACGAACAAGAUCGAGAGUGUAAAGCAGGAUACCAGUAACGCGAUGAAUAUACGAUAUAACUCGGUUGGCAACAUAAUUCAAGCUGAUCAUAAAAAUAUAAUCUCUAUAGAGUACGAUCACCUGGUUGAUCGUGCGUCCAGGAUCACAUUGAAAGAUGGGACCACUGUUCAGCUUGGCUAUGACAUCAGGGGCGAGAGAAACGUAAAGAAGGUUGUAACUGCUUCGGGGAAGCGUACCGAGACGUAUUACAUCAGAGACGAUAAAGGUCGUUGCCUGGUGGAUAUCAAGGUCGUUCACUUAACCCGCAACGCUAAACCCAUGUUCACGUUGACCUCUUACGUCUACGGUCCGCUUGGUCUAGUUGGGUUCAUUCGAAACGAUGCAUACUACAGCGUGAUCUCCGAUCAUGAAGGAUCUACCCGGUUGGUAGUGAAGAACGGUGAGGUGGUCGCUGCGUACGAUUACCUCCCAUAUGGUCAACGACUGCGUUUCUACAACACGGACCCGGAUGGUCACGUGGCCUACCAAUACACGCGACAGGAGUUUGACGAGGAAACUGGUCUGUACAACUACCACGCGAGGUUGUACGACCCGGAGCUGGGCAGGUUCUACCAGACGGAUCCUCAGGACCAGUACCCAAGUCCGUACAAGUACGCAGGCAAUUCUCCGGUUAUGAUGGUCGAUCCGGACGGGGAGUUUGCUCUGAUGAUAGCUUGUAUUGUGUUCGCGAUCGUUGGAUCGUACUUGGGUGCGGCUUCGGUCAACCAAAGCUGGAAUCCGCUUGCAUGGAACUGGAAGUCGGGACAUACCUACUUGGGAAUGUUUUCGGGGGCUGUUGCAGGAGCGGUCCUACCGAUCGGUGGCGUUGCAUCUUUCGGGUAUUUUUCAGCGCUAGGAGGCGCUACUUUUGCUUCGUUUGCCACGGCUUCGGUUGCCCUGGCUGGAGCGUAUCUGGGAAUGGCCGGUGCGGCCAAUGACUGGAAUCCAGCCCAGUGGGAUUUUACAAGUCCGGCGCUUUACAGUGGUAUGCUAUCCGGAAUCUCUGUAGCCGUCAAUAUUCCAUCGGGGUCGGUCGGCAUAGCUCGAACGCUGACAAGCUACACCGGAAAGGCUCAGUACGGUUACAUGGCAUUUGUGAUUGGUGGAUCGAUUGGAUUCGGUUACCUUGCGGGAUCGUUCGCGAACAACAUGACCUUCAACCCGAUGAAGUGGCAGUGGAAUGCCCGAACGAUCGUCGCAUUGAUGGAAGGGGGAAGCACCAUUCUGAUGGGAACUUCAGCUACCAUGAAGCACGGACCACGCAAGCAAUUCUUCGAGCUGGCACCUCCAACAAGACCGCAGCCAGCGUUCCGCCGAAUGCCGGAAAUCUAUGAGCACUUUCACAAGGCAGUUCUGGACGACAAAGCUCUGUGGGUGUUCAAGCAGGCCAAACAAUCCGCCAAAGAGAUCAUGAAGCAUCGCGAACCGCUGGGACACUACGUGCGAGGACCGCCGGGUGUUACGCUUGUUCAGAUCGCGGAGUUUGUUUCUCCUGCCAGACAGCUUGCUGGUAACGUGCUCUCGAUUAGCUAUAUGGUCAAGGAAUACAGUGAGUAUCAAAAGAUGUUUAAUGACCUGGGAGCGGCGAAUCCUAAGGUACGAUCGAAGCGAAGUGAUGAAAAUGCAACUUCUGGAUGUUCUAGAGCUGGUUUCUCAAACAGAAUGUUGUCAUUUCUGUCCUCACUAUGGACCUUCAACGAUUCCAACAAGCGACAAACAUCUGAUAACAUUCAUUCCGUAGCUUUCACGCAUUCAGGACAACGUCAACCGCACAGUCUCAAAACAUUCUCCUUUCAAAAUUGUGUCCCAACGAACUCGGACAUCUCGAGCUACACGUGCUACCAGUCUACGGCCAAGGUCGAGGUAUUUCCCAAAGAGCCAACCGGUCCACGUGCUCCACACUCGGUGGUUCCGAUGGACGGCUGUGCUCCGUUUCACUGGUACGGCCGGCCAGCGAUCGGUUGUGAGGGGCAGGACUUUGCCUUUAUCUACACGCCGUACGAAACGCCGAAAUGGUUUAGCUUUCUGGAUGGGUGGUUGCUUUUGGUGAGGGUAGGUGUGCACGUUGUGGGGGAUCUUAAAUUACGAGGUUGCGAUGCUGAAAGGAAGGUUUCUUGCAGUGAAUUUGAGCUUGCCGAAUAUGGGAAGCAGUUGAGUAGAAUUGACGACAUUUUGAAGAGAAAUGGUGAGGUUGAGUUCGAUUGGGCUAAGAAACAGUUGGAUGAAAUGAGAGAAGAUUUGAAGCAAUAUUUGAGUGGGGAAAAGAUUUCUGCUCACGUGAAGAUGAUCUUUGAGGAGAAAAUUGAAGCUUUGAAGGAAGAUAUUUUGGACCAGAUUGCAAACGGAUUUGAAUUUUUGAGAAAGUGUUAACAUAUUCCAAUCCUUACAAAAUAAAACAAAAUUGUAAAAUUACCGUAAUCAAUAAAUAUCAUAUAGUUAAGCAACUACUAUAAAACUCAUUACUCUGAAAGAACAACCCGGAGCAUGAAUGGAUCGAGAGAGCGAGAGUUUUCGAGAGCUGCGCAACUAAGAGAAUUGAGCAACUUGGCUUAAACCGGUUGAAUUCGAGAGAGCGAGAGCAUCAAAGUGACACUUGCGUAUAAACAAAGUUAGGCAGUCAAAGUUAGUAGUUCUUGUUGGAUGUUUAACUGAUUUGGUGCAAUUUUACGUACCAUUUAUUUCUUCAAAGUAAAGUUCAAAGUGGUUGUGCUAUAGAGAAAACGUGAUUUUGAUUGCAACUCUGUAGCUGUGAGUGGGCCGCUGUGAUGAAAAAAUGGGAUUGACAUUACAUCAAUACGUAAACAACAGAAAUUGGCGCGAAAGGUCACAAGAUAAUCAGCAAUCAUGAAUGCUCAUGAAUCAGGUCCAAGUAGAAAGAAAAGAAAACAAAAUGAGUAUGCAAUUUCCAAAAAGGACUUUAAAGAGGCAGGGCCUUCACAUUCCACAAAAGAAAAAUCCACCAACACUUCAUCCGGCAUUCACUGUGGCCUACCGGGAAAUGAGUACCAAAUUUUGGUUACAAUGUUUGCAAUGUUGCGUGUUUACAACAAGUAUCCACAGAACCAGUUUGAACUAAGGAUGGAACGUACGGAUGCUGGAAAAUUCGACGAUAUUUGGAUCAAAGUAGAGGACGAAGAGCUCUUUGUCCAGGUCAAGUAUGAGUCAGCAAAGUCCAACAUAACGAAAGGUAUGCUGCUGCCUGGGACGAAAACGGGGCGAGAUGAGGGAGCUUUUUCGUUGUACAAGUACGUUGAAUCGUUUAGUGGGCUUAACAAGUGCUGUGUACUGCUAACGAAUAAAACGAUCAGUAAUAACAUCUCAGGAAUGUUAAAUCCGUUAAAGGGACGUAAUUUAUUUACUAAACUGUUUGGAACUUUAGGGCAACAUUACCGAUUGAAGAAUGACAGCAGUGUGAUAGGAGAUUUAAGUGAUUUUAAAUCGAUCAACUCGUUUUGUAAGCAGUUUAUACUUUCCGUUAAUUUUCCCAAUGCAGAAGGCCUUGAACAAAAAAUUCAUCGAGAAAUUGAAGAUUUGGUUGACGAAAAUGUUGAAAUCCUUCAAGAAGAUGCAGAACAUGUGUUUAACAGACUUAGGGCAAAGUUAGUUGAAUUUGUUUGUAAAAAAGAAUCAAGGGGUACUACCAUAUACAAAACAUGGAUUCAUUCAUUCCUCAAAAUGAUAAACGAAGAUUACAAAUGUAUUACAAAUGCAUAUUACCACGAAUUUAUCGAUAACAUGCAAAACUACUCCCAUGUGAGCAUUGAACAUGAACGAUUGAACCGUUUAAUAAGUUAUUUAUCAGAUGGCCGAAUUGUAUUGUUGGAAUUCAAAAAUACUUAUUUUCUUCGAAUAGUGCAGUCAUAUCAAGUGGUUAAAGAUAAAUUGUUUACGUACCUAUUGUUUAGUAGACUGAAUAACCCUACCACUAAAACCAAGUUUGAGAACGCUUUAAAGUCUAGCGAAAGCAAACGCAGCGACCUGCUGAUCCUGGUCGAUGAUGAAGGUAAUGCAUGCUCUGUGUUUGAUUGGAUACAAAAUGUGCCCAAAUCAUCUACUAAAAUAAUUGUUAUCUCCAGUAAGGCUUCUGAACUCAAAGCAAAAUGUGACGAGCAAAAUUUUCCAGCUGCAAUAGAAACUGAGGAGAUCACACUGGCAGAUUUGAGUGUUGAUUGUAGGGAGAUAUUUCUUAAACAGAAAAUUAUGUUUCAGGGUUUCGAAACAGAGCUA